UUCGGUUUGGCAUCCAGAAAAACAACAACCCCACAAAAUUAAAAAAAAAAAAAAAAAAGAAUUGGAAAAUUAUUUGGAAACCUUCAGGAAUCGGAUGUGAAAUUUUGGUAGGCCAAAAUGGCUAAAAAGGCGGCACAACAACAAUUGCAGGCUGAUAUUCAAACCGACGAGGAUCUCGAGCGUUUCCUGGACCGCCCAGGACUUUUGGUUUUGGAUGUUUAUUCGGAGUGGUGCGGUCCUUGCAUCGGAUUGGUGGGCUCCCUGCGAAAAUUCAAGCUCGAAAGUGGCGGCGACAACCUGCACUUGGCCAUUUGCAAAUCGGACACCAUCACAAGUCUCAAGAGGUUCAAUAAGAAAAGUGAACCCGUUUGGCUGCUGGUUACGGGUGGCAAAGCAGUUGGUCUGAUGUUUGGCUCGGAUGUGCCGAAGCUGAUCGGGCUGAUAUCCCGGGAGCUGGAGAAGACCGUAUCGAAGGCGCCGCGGCCAGCUGUCUACCGCCUGGACGAGCUGCAGCCACUGGAAGUGGAGCAGCAGCGAAUCAAAAUGGAGGCCAUCGAGCGGGCGGAGCGGGCCGAACGGGAGAUCAAGCACAAGAAGCAGGUGGACUACCUCACCCAAGUGACGGACUCCAUCAUGGAGAACAUGCCGGACAUUGGAGUGACGGUGUUUGGACCCCAGGUCAACCGGGACAUGUUCAAGAAGCUAACGGAGCCGGCGGAACCACUGAAGAUGCAGUGCAAGGACCGCCGGGUGAUCCAAGUGACCCCCGAUCAGUUCGAGAUCGUGAACUUCAGCUGCAAGAAUCCAAUGCCGCCGGAUGUGAUCGAGCAGCUGGAUGGCAAGGAGCUGCUGAUGUGCUUCUGGAAGAUCGACGAGAGCAUUGGCACGGUGCCCAAUGUCCUGAUGGCCUAUGCCCAUGAGCUAACCAAGGAGAGAGUCGCUCCGCCGAACGAUGAGAUACCCGAGGAGCAUGUCAUCCCGCCGAUCAUCACCACCAUGAAGCUGAAGGUCGAGGUGGAGCUGAAGGAGGGCGAGGUCUGGGUGGAGGAGAUCAGUUCCGAGGAGGAGCAGCGCCUGACUGCGGCGAAGCCCAAGGGCAAAUCCAAGUCGGUCAUCCAGGAGGAGGCGCCGCCCGCCGAGGAGGAAGCCGCCGACUUGGAUGCCGAGGAGGAGGCCAGCGAGGAGGAGGCACCCGAGCCAGGUGGCGAUGCCAUGGGCGGAUUCCCCUCCAUUCCCGGCUUCGACAUGGAUCUUGAUGGCCUCGACGAAGCCGCCGUCGAGGAUGAGGAGGAGGUGGUCGAAGUCAAGGAGGAGGAGCCACCGAAACCCUUGACGCGCACCAAAACGGUGAAGAUGCCUCCGAUUUGGGUGCCCAACAACAGGAGAACCCACGCCGCCUUGGUGUACGUGUUCUUCCGGGGACAAACCACCGGAUUCCUGCCGCCGGAUCCCAAGCCGGAGCCACCGCACGUCAUCAUGGCAUUCGAUGCCUCCAAACGGAAGGAGAUCAUGAACGUGGUCGAUCGCCACAAGGACGACGUUCCGCUCUACGGCUACUUCUCCAGUGCGGAACCGGAUGAGGCCGAGCUGAUUGCCAACUCCACGGACAAAUACGAGAGUAGUCCGCACACUCCGAACGACAAGAUCGUGCUGAAGGUGAACAAGGUGCAGUCCAACAUGAUGUUGUCCCUGGUCUCCUACGGUCCCAGCUAUGUGAGUCCCAAUGUGAAUGUCGGCAAGGACGAGGCGCUCAAGUUCUUCCCCGAGGACUACAAGCUCCAGGAGGAGGUCGUCGUCGAGCCCGAGAAGAAAAAGAAGAAGAGCAAAAAGGGCGCCGAUCUUUUGCGGGAGUCCGUGGAACCGGAGGCGGCAAUGGCAGCUGCGGCGGCACCUCCAGCAGCGGAGGCUCCCGCUCCCGCUCCCGCUCCCGCUCCCGCCGAAGGAGAAGCACCCGCUGGAGAAGUGGCCGCCGAGGAGGGCGAAGCUCCCGCUGCCGAAGGCGUUGAAGCUGUCGAAGGAGGAGCUCCGCCGGUCGAAGGAGGAGAAGUGGCUCCCCCGGCGGAAACCGGAGGAGAGGCGGCUGCUCCGCCGGCAGCGGAGGCAGUUGCUCCGCCAGCGGACGCGCCACCGCCGGAGGUGGCACCCGAGGCGCCAAAGGAGGAGGCGCCUCCCGUGGAAGCUCCUCCCCCAGAACCGGAGCACGAAGCUCCGGCGGAACCUCCUCCAGCUGCAGAACCUGCCGCCGAAUAAUCUACAAAAUUCUAUUUUCAGAUACCAAAUUAUGCAGUGUAAAUUACUUCUGUGAUUUUGUAAAGCCAUUUACUAAAUUGUUUAAAAGUGAAAA